AUGUCUAGGUGUCUACCCUUCCCUCCUCCAAAUUAUAUGAAGAAUGGCAUAGGGGGUGAAGCACUUCUACAACAAUUAGAGCUCCGAAGAGUGAAGUGCUCAAAGGAAAAAGAGGAAGAAAAAAAACAUAAGAAAAAGGAUAAGAAGAGUGAAGAAGAUGAUAAGAAGUUGAGAAGAAGCCAUGAAAAGAAAAGAAGAAAUGAUGAUAAAGAGAGUGAAAAUGAAGAUGAUUCCAAGAGAAGUGAUGAGAAGAAAAAAGAAAGAAGAAGAAGAAGAAAGGAACAGAAACAUGAUGUUGAAAAAGUGGUGACACAUUCAGAGUAUACAAACUUGACUAUGAAUUGGGUUCCUCUUGAGAUGCAAAUGGUUCUAACUCAUUUAGAACAUGAAGACUGGCUAUCUAGAAAGAAUCAUUCCAAUGGUGAAAGUGAAAGAAAAACCACUGAACAAACCGAACAUGUCGGAAACAGGUGCUGCACUGACAAUGGCAGCUGUCGAGGAAUCCAACCAUUCGCGACUUAUUUGCCUAAUGCUGACGUAUAUGCUUUGCCGUACGUCUUACCAUUUUGA